UCAAGUUUUUUUUGACAAUGGCGACUUGGAGGUGAUUAAGGCAGAGCGACGACACCAAGUUCGAGAUCGACAACGGUUUAAUCCAUUCAGAAGACAACAUGGCGGCAAGACCAGAUUUACACGAGCAGGCUGGCCUUGAGGUUGCGCCAGAGCCGGAGGCACCGCACGUUAUUCAGGGUCCCCAUGUCGUGAAAACAUGGGACACGCCGGUCGGUGCGCCAUAUCCUCAGCAGCAGCACCAGCAUGUACCAACGUCGCCUGAGUAUGGGCAAUUAUCCCCCCAGGCUGGAUACCUAAGCCCGGGCUCCGGGGGAUCUCCAGCGCAAUUCACUGGAAGCUAUGCGCCUUCGACGCCCGAAAAGUCAUAUGAGCCGAGGAUCAUGGGGAUAAGAAGGCGGAGGUUCUGGCUGAUAUUCGGUCCCCUCAUCGCCAUCUUGGUCAUCGGCCUUGCCGUUGGGUUGGGCGUAGGGCUAGGGACGUCACACAGCACCGAGAGUAGUGCGACAACCACAACCUCCACCCUAUCCACCACGUCCAGCACAUCCACCACAUCCAGCAGCCCGACCGCAACGGCGACAACGCAAUCCCUAUCCUGCCCAUCGGACAAUGCAACGGUGUACACGGCGAACAAUGAUGACAAUUUCCUCGUGCUCUGCAACCUCGACUAUAACAGCGGCGGCGGCACGACGGAUAUGUCCAAUCUGGUGACGGCAACGGCCGUCGAAUGCGCAAAUACCUGCGCAUCUAAUGCUGGUUGCGUGGGUGCUGGCUGGGGAAAUUAUGAAGGGUCGCUCACAUGCUGGAUGAAGUCUGGACUGGGGGAGCCGCAGGACGCCGUCAACUGGUAUUUCAUGGUAAAGCAGUAGAUGAACGAGGGAACAAGGCCUGCGGCGCAUUGGGCUGGACUAUUGGUGCUUCGAGAUUGGGAUCGGUUUGGGCUCGGAUGCUGGGAAACCGGGUGAUAUACUAUUCAUUCAUUCGCAUGACUAUGUACGCAAUUAAGUUCAUCAUCUGGCAAUUGAGCAUUCACCCUCUCAAUGGACAAUGAGCAAA